AUGAGAAUGUUUGUUAGUGGUAGAAGAGGCAAAAGAUGGAAAUUUUUUCAGCUCCUUGCCACUUGUUUUAUAUUAAGUUUCAUGGUUUUCUGGGGCCCGAUCAAUAAUCACAUUGUGAACCAUAUGAAGUCCUACUCCUACAGAUACCUCCUGAAUAGAUAUGGCUUUGUGAACGAUUCCCUGUCUCUCAAGCACAGCUCCGAGCAACCUCACUACCGAUACUUGAUCAACCACGAAGAAAAGUGUCAAGCUCAAGACGUCCUCCUCUUAUUGUUCAUAAAGACUGCCCCUGCAAACUAUGACCGACGCUCUGCAAUCAGAAAAACAUGGGGCAAUGAGGAUUAUGUUCGGUCCCAGCUGAAUGCCAACAUCAAAAUUCUGUUUGCCUUGGGGACUCCUGCUCCACCAAAGAGAGAAGAACUGCAAAGAAAACUGAUUUGGGAAGAUGAAAAGUACAAGGACAUAAUUCAGCAAGACUUUGUUGAUUCCUUCUAUAAUCUCACGUUAAAACUGCUCCUUCAGUUCAGCUGGACAAACAGCUUUUGUCCACAUGCCAAAUUCCUGAUGACGGCUGAUGAUGACAUAUUUAUCCACAUGCCGAACCUCAUCGAAUACCUUCAAGGACUAGAGCAAAUUGGUGUUCGAGACUUUUGGAUUGGUCAUGUUCAUCGUGGCGGCCCUCCUGUUAGGGAUAAAAGCAGCAAAUACUAUGUUUCCUAUGAAAUGUACCAAUGGCCAGCUUACCCUGACUAUACAGCUGGGGCUGCCUAUGUCAUUUCCAGCGAUGUAGCUGCUAAAGUCUAUGAAGCAUCACAGAUGCUGAACUCCAGUCUGUACAUAGAUGAUGUGUUCAUGGGCCUGUGUGCCAAUAAAGUGGGGAUAGUGCCACAGGACCAUAUGUUUUUUUCUGGGGAAGGUAAGGCUCCUUAUCAUCCUUGCAUCUAUGAAAAGAUGAUAACAUCUCAUGGACACUUACAAGAUCUGCAGGAGCUGUGGAUGGAGGCCACGGAUCCUAAAGUAAAGAACAUUUCAGAAGGAUUUUUUGGUCAAAUAUACUGCAGGUUAAUUAAGAUAGUUCUCUUCUGCAGAUUGAUUUACAGGAAUCCGUACCCUUGUAGGGCUGCAUUUGCUUAA